AUGAACUUCUACGAGAAAUACAAGCAUCUUUUUGAGGAGGAGAAACCAAAGGAGUCUUUGUAUAAAACACAAGAUCAUGCUAAUUACCCUAAAGAUCCUGCUAGCUCCUCUUAUCAAUAUAGGGAGGAGUAUCAAAGCAUUCCUCUCCCAGCUUUCAAGAUGCCUCCAAAGUACCCUAAAAGACAUCAUGCUACCAAAAAGCAUGAGAAAAAUUCUCUACUUCCCCCAAAACCAAAAAUGAGGCUACACCAACAUCCCCACUCCCACCAGUACCCUACUCAACACCACCAAUACCCUGCUCACCACCAUCCCCACCAACAUCACCCUCCUCAACCAACUUUCGAUCAGCCACACAAAAAGAUCAAGAGAGGAAUAAUCAAAGACUCCCAAGCAUCUCAACCAAAAUACGUAUCAUUCCUUCCAAAGCUGGUCAAUGACCCUCGAAAAGAAGUUGUGAAUGGAACUUCUCAUGUAAAGUUACCGAGUAUUGAUAAGACAAAUCCAAAUCCCAAUCCAUCCCCAGUGAUUAACAAGAUUGAAGGACAUCAUAGGAGGAAAUUGAGGCCUGUCAAGAGUCAGCAGGAGCCUAGAAGAAAGAAUUUCGAUAAGUUAUUCUCGAAAAAGCCUUUCCCAUACAACAUAUUUGAUAGAGAGGAGAACCAAAAGGUGAAAUAUUCUCCUAACGUUAAGAAAAUCAAAGCUAUCGAUAACGAAAAGAUUAGGAACAAGUGAAAAUAAUGAACUUUCUCAGCUAAAUUUCGGAGCUCAAAAUGACCUGAGCCCGACAGAUGAUAUCAUAAAGACUUUAGUUUACAAUAAAAAAGAGAAGGAUACUUCUAGAGGACUUCAAAAGGCUGUCGAGAAGAGGAUCAUGUCCAAGAAGAUCCUCGUUCACAGAAGAAAUGAGCUUAAACACAUGCUUAAAAAUGUAGAGAUGUUCUAUUAA